AUGCCACAACAGGAUGAGAAUGAAGAGGAUGAGGAUCACUUAUACACACCCCAUGGUAGUGAGGAUGAAGGAGAUGUAGAAAGGAAUCCAGUUUUCAAAAGUGGUGGGGGAUGUGCAUUCCAGCUAGGAAUGAUGUUUACAGACAAGGAUACAAUUAGAGAUGCAGUGAAAGAGUAUGGAAUGGAAAAUCAAAAGAAUGUGUAUAUCAAGAAAAAUGAUUCUAAAAGGAUUGUAGUUAAGUGUAUGGAAGGCUGCAAGUUUCACUUAAGGUUCAGCAUGAGGAAUGGGCAGAAUUAUUGGCAGGUUGUUAGCUAUGUGAGUGACCAUACUUGUUUUAGAACUGCUGACAACAGGAAUGCCAAGACUCAGUGGCUUGCAAUUAGGUUUACACAAUUGCUAAGGCACAGUCCAUACAUGAAGCCAGCUGGUCUAGUUGCUGAAACUCUUCAGAGAUGGGGUUCAAAGAUAACUACAGAUCAAGCAUAUAGGGCUAAAAGAAAGGCUUUGGAAAUGAUACAAGGUGCUGGUAUAGAUCAAUUCAGACACUUGAGAAGCUAUGGAGAGGAGUUUUUGAGGUCCAAUCCCAAGAGUACUGUGGUUAUUAAAUAUGCAGAGAACAAUGGCAAUCCAGCAUUUGAGAGAAUCUACAUUUGUUUGGAUGCCUGCAAGUCAAGAUUUGCCACCUACUGUAGACCUAUCAUUGGAUUGGAUGCAUGUUUUCUUAAGGGUGAUUAUGGGGGCCAACUGAUGUCAGCUGUAGGCAGAGAUGGAAACAACCAAAUAUAUCCAAUAGCUUAUGCUGUUGUUGAGGCUGAAACCAAAGACUCAUGA